AGCGAUGUGCUGUGCGAAUGUAGCCUUGACCGCUGGUCAGUGUGGAUAAGUAGUGAUCUUUGAUCAAUGUCCACGGAUGCUAAGCUGUCGCAAAUGUCUAACUUCAUCAUCUGUCUGGCCAUCGGAAUAAUUCUGGUACCGAUAGAGAAGGUUGCGGGUGUGAGUACCACAUUGGGUACACACUUUCUGAUUGCAUUGCCGCCUCCAUCCGUCUUCGGACCACGUGCCAAGUGGGAGAUCUCGUUUUUUCUUUUCACUCUCUCUGUCAAGGAUGUUGAGGUAGAGGUGACAACUCCGUGGUUCGAUACAAAUCCCAUGAAUGUCAAAAAGACCAUAAAGCGACUUGAAGUUGUCGAUGUACUCAUAGAAAAAAGAUUUUUGUCGAACCUGCAGAUAGGAAAGAAAUUCAGCUUCCGUUUGCAAGGGACUGGAAAAUUUGGUCUUAUUGUUUUCGUCGUUUUUUCAAAACAUGUAGCCGACUCCUUUAUCGGGCUUCCCGUAGAGGGCUGGAGCCAAAAAUAUAUUGUGGUCGCCUCAUGGCAAAAUCCAACUUUUCAAGUUUUAACUGUAGAUGAAAAUGAAAUUACAAUCACCCUAAAAAUGUCGCCUGGAACUACUUUUAGCUACUUGAACAAAACAUUUUCCAAUGCUGACACAUUAAGAGUUACUUUAAAAAAAUUUGAAGCAUUUGGUUUAUCAAAAUGCGACCCUAGUCUGGUUGUGCAGAGUACCCUAACUGGGACCACAGUUGAAGGGAAAAAUCCGAUUGGUUUGAUCAGUGGCGACUGCCUGUCCAACACUACAGUCGUUAGAUGUGAAACGAUGCAAUUUGUUCCGGACGAAUUCGGUUCCAGGGAUUUGUUUCUAGAGAUGUUGACCCCGGUGGUAUCUUUUGGCAAGGAGUUUAUUACUGUGGUGAUUACCCGGAUUACGCCGGUAUUUAACAUGGUCAUCUCAUCAGAGGAUUCCACAACUAUCACAAUCUCUGAGGGUGGUGGCUCCAAUUAUCCCCCGGUAUUCCUCGCCAAAGCUGGGGAUUCUGCUAUU